CUAAAGGCCAGACUGUGUGUGUACGUUGCAUGGAGAUUCCCCCUGCCCAGUUUGGGAAGAGGACUGAAAGGGGAGGGGAGACUUGCGGCCCAAACACGUUGCAAAGUAUCAGACCCGCCUGUCCCACAUCUCAGUAGUGAAUGUGCCGCAGCCCUGACGUACAGGGUGGGCUACACUCACCUACUGGCACUGUUACAGAGACACAAGGCAGUGGCGCAAUGGGAGCCGGCUGAGACCAUUACUGAGGGGCCAACGCUGGUCGGCUGCAAGCAGCUUCCCCCGGAAUAUAAGGUGCAAAAUGUAAAUUCUCCACUGAACCCCUGAAUCCUUCGUGAAUGAUUUGGACGCAUACUGAACCGCAUCUGAACCUUAAUUGCAAGGCAGGCCAUACAAGGGCUAAAGGGAGGGCUAAACAGGUCACACAGGCAGCACAGGGCGUAUGGGGACAGAAGCUCCACCGGCAGAAACAUGUGCCUGACACAAGUAUGGAGAUAUAUAAGCAAAGAACUGGAAUGAAUGAAAAGAGCAUCCAUUUUACACAGCCGGGAGGAAAGAAAACGCUGCUGUUCUGUUUCCUGGUUCUCUGUUGGUUUGUAUUGCUGGUCUGCGUAUCAUAUAUCUACAACUGCAUCAGGAGGGAUAACAUUGCCGUGAUAUCAGCCAUAAGGGAGCCCAUUGUCACAGAGCCCUUGUACCCUUAUCUUAUAGAGGAGCCAUUGAGAUGUAGAGGAGAAGCCCCAUUCUUAGUGCUGCUCAUCCCUUCCAUGCCCCAAGAUGUUCUUGUCAGGGACGCCCUGAGGAAGACUUGGGCCAAUGAAAGUUUAAUCCCUGGAAUCUCCAUCAAAAGGAUUUUCCUUCUGGGCAGGUCCUUUGUUAAUGACAUAGAAAUAUCGGUGGAACAAGAGAGUUCUACAUUCCAUGAUAUCGUCCAGCAGGAUUUCCUGGACACCUAUCGGAAUCUGACCGUCAAAACACUGAUGGGUAUAGAGUGGGUUAGCCGUCUCUGCCCCCGAGCCAGCUAUGUCAUGAAGGUGGACGCUGACAUGUUCUUCAACCCUUGGUUCCUGGUGAGGCAGAUCUUACAGCCGGAGAAGCCUCUCAAGCUGGCCUUUUUCACUGGACUGGUCAUUUCAGGAGCUUCACCCAGGAGAAAUAAAAAUAGCAAGUGGCAUAUAUUAUAUUCUGAGUACUCUAAAAAUAGUUACCCCACUUACUGUUCUGGCACGGGCUACGUCUUCUCUGGGGGUUUGGCCCCGCUCUUAUACAGACAGGCGAUGGAGCUGGCCAUCUUGCCCCUUGAGGAUGUCUUCUUGGGUCUCUGCUUGCAAAGAAUAGGGUUAUACAUAUCCCGGCCACAGCAAAACUGGUUUAACCUUGACAGGUUUGAGUACAAUGGAUGCCAGUUUGCCCGGCUGGUAACUGUCCACCAUUACAAGCCGCAUCAGUUACUAACACUGUGGCCUGAUUUCUUAAAGGCAGUGGAAACUUGCACAUGGUAGUAUAUUUAAAUAAAAUAAAUGAAACACA